ACGAGAAAGUCAUCAAAAACGGGUGGGUGACGCCGGACGGACAUCGCGGCGGGAAGGUUCUUUUGGAUUUCUCCUCUGUUUGUGAUCGUCUCUGGAACAUGCAUAUUUGGUUGACACACAUUCUACGUUCUGCUAAGUUCAUGCCAAACUACAACACCCCGAAAUGAGCGCUGUGAAUCAGUUGAAAUCUGUGAAACAAGCCACUGCAAAGCCGGCUAUGCAGGUGACCCUGUUCAACACUGAGGCAACAAAGGAAACGAUAGCCUCAAAAUUGUUCCAAGCUCCUUCACAAGAUUGCACAAACAGAAAGAUCCUCAACCUUCACUGUCGGUGACCACAUCGUCCGGCAACAAAACCAUGGGUCUGAAAAUCACUGAUCGCCCUCCCACACCGACUCCUGGGAAUGCUCCCCUAACACUUGCACAUCUGCUCAGUGAUCCCCCUGCUGAUGUGCAGAUAUGCAGCUUGCAGGAACCACAAAUCCCAGUGCCUUCGAGACUGGAGCCUGCUAGAUGUCUGUCACAAUCUGGUAUGUUACCUCGCUUUGCCGCACCUUCCCCUGGAAGCUAUUCACUAGAUGGACGUGCGGUGAACUUUCAGCAGUCGUCGUGGAAGAUACCAUUUUGCACGCAGGAGGCUCCAGCUGCGAAAAAAGCUUGGCGCGCUCCCCCUCCCGGAUUUGAGCGGCAUCACGUGUCUUUACUGCAACAACUUCAGCAAGAAAGGGCAAAUCUCCUUCAUCAGUUGAAUUCUGUGCAAUGUUCGGACCACAUCAUUGAGGAUAGCAGUAUAUCGGACCGCAUCGUGAGCAGCACAGGCUAUGUCUGCAGACCAUCACAGAAGAUUGGCAGCUUCGAAUGUCCUAACUGGCAUAGUGAAGUGGCAAAUGGAAAUCACGGAUACACACAACAGCCCAUCAAAAGAAGAAUAAUGGCAGAGUCAUCACAUUUUUUGCACACCACGGUGCUACCACAUUCUCCAACAGAACAGAACCCCUGUAUGAGGAGCUCAAGGCACAGCAUUGGGCCACCUAGUGAAGAGCACAGAGAAGUAGACCUAACAACGUUGUACCAGGAUGACUGGAUGGGAGAAAGAGUUCUCUGGAGGAGCCUGCCAACAACAUUUGGAACACCAGAACUUGGAGACCCAGUGCAUGGCCUCGCUGAAUGUGACCCUCUGGCCCCAAUGAGCCUAGGGCCCGGUAUGAGUGCCAGUUACUACGGCCCCAAGAGACCUCAGGUGCAUCGCCUAAGCACAAAGGUGGAGAUGGUCUACUCUCUCCUGUCUAUGCUUGGAACCCAUGACAAGGAAGACCUAAGCAGAACGCUCCUUACCAUGUCAGGGUCUCAAGAAAGCUGCAUUGCAAUGAGGCAGUCAGGAUGCCUUCCGCUGCUCAUUCAGCUGCUUCAUGGUGGGUCGAAAAAGCGAGACACCACGGUGCAGGCAGAGGAAGAAACAUGCACUGAACAGCGCCAAGUUAUUCGAGAAUUACGCAGUAGGGCGGGGCAGGCACUGCACAAUGUUGUGCACGCUCAUCCAGAUGACAAGCGAGGAAGGCGUGAAGCUCGUGUGCUUCGGCUACUGGAACAAAUCAGAGACUACUGUGAUUAUCUGCGUGACAUGGAGGCCGGAAUUGUGGAGCUCAACCAAAAUGACACAGGAGACCAGCAUCCUGGCCCAGCAAUAGCGGCAUUGAUGAAGCUCUCGUUUGAUGAAGAACACAGGCAUGCCAUGUGCCAACUAGGUGGUUUACAGGCUAUUGCAGAGUUGAUCCAGGUGGACCACGAGUGCCAUGGCAGCACUAGUGACCACUACUGUGUGACACUAAGGCGCUAUGCAGGGAUGGCCCUUACCAACCUAACAUUUGGGGAUGGCACCAACAAGGCGCUUUUGUGCUCAAUGAAGCCCUUCAUGCAGGCGCUAGUGGCACAGUUGCAUUCACCUAGUGAAGAUUUAAGACAGGUUACUGCAAGUGUUCUUCGCAACUUAUCUUGGAGGGCAGAUUCCACAAGUCGGGAAACCUUGCGUGAAGUGGGUGCUGUAUCUUUGCUCAUGAAAGCUUCAAUGGAAGCAAACAAGGAGUCAACACUCAAGAGUAUUCUCUCAGCACUCUGGAACUUGUCUGCACACUGCACCUCAAACAAGGCGGACAUCUGUGCCGUGGAUGGUGCUUUAGCUUUCCUCGUUAGCACGCUAACCUACCGCAGCCAAUCCAAGACACUUGCCAUUGUUGAGAACGGUGGCGGAAUACUUCGUAACAUCUCCAGCUACAUUGCCCUGCAUGAAGAACAUCGAGCAGUGCUUCGCAAGCACAACUGUCUCCAAGUACUCCUUCAGCAACUGAGUUCUCCAAGUCUCACUGUGGUUAGCAAUGCGUGUGGCUCACUUUGGAAUCUGUCUGCUCAUUGUAUUGAGGACCAGGCUACUCUGUGGCAGAUGGGUGCAGUGGGCAUGCUGCGAAACCUUGUGCACUCAAAGCAUCGCAUGAUAUCAAUGGGAAGCUCUGCUGCACUUAAGAAUCUGCUCUCCGUGAAGCACACACUGAAGCAGGAAGUUGUGGGAGGGGAUUGUGAUGGACGGAACAAUAACAACGACGACGACAAUGGGAACGACAAUCUUCCUUCUUUGCUAGUUCGCAAGCAAAAGGCUUUAGAGGCAGAUAUUGACGAAAACCUUACGGAAACGUGCGACAAUAUCGAUAGUCCGCAAACCAGUCCCACAUUUGAGCGCAGGUUCGUUUUGGGCGAAGAACUGUCCCAGGAAGCGUUUGAUCGGUCCCGCCCAUAUCUUCCUGGUCGGAUGUACCACAGUGUAAGUGGCGACCGCGUACCACGAUCUGACAGCAGGGACAGCAUUGGAAGCACACACUCUGAGCCGACACAUUUCAGACCGCCCAGAUCGAUCUUCACGAGGCGUCACAGGUUAGGAAGAUAUUCCCUGGAGAGGUGCAGCAAAGUGGAGUGGCACCCACCGCUUCGUGGUGGAGACGUUCCAGCGUAUGGGAUGAACCUCAACUUGGCGAUUGGUCAACGUGCUGACAUACCACCACCGCCCCCACCAGGAAUGCCAACAACUAAUGGGUACAUCACAGAGAUGCCUUACUUUGAAAAUGGCCACGGCAGGCACUUCCAACAGAAGCGCCGAUCCAGGGACGAAGACAUUGAAGUCACUGCCGGACUUCUUGAAUUUGAUGAUGUUCAGGAGGCAGACAAUGAGGAAGAUUUGUGCGGUGGUAGACUUUACUACAAUGCUCCCGGGAAUGGUGAUAUUUGUGCCAGUGAACAAAAACAUUUUGAAACUGAUGAGAGGAAUACCAGUUUCUUGGGUCAAGUGCACAGGGCAGAAGAGCAUGGUGCAUUGUUUUGCAGGCCUCUUGGUGUAUCACAUGGGAGAAGCAGGCACAGGGGAAGCAGUGAGGAUACUGUUAUUCUGACGGACCUGGCCAGUUUGGAGGAUGGGGUGGAGCACCCUAAUGGACGUCCUAGUAAGCUAAGGGAAGCAGAAAAUGAAGAGAAAGAAGAGAAUGAGUGUGGCAGUACAAGCGAUGAGUGUGUUCCUGACACUGAAGCACCGCCUACUGAGAAGUGCAUUGUAGCUGAGGGACCUGAAAUCUGCGAUACUCUGAGCUGCACAGGUGCACGGACUGGCAAAGCAAAUGGCAUAACCUCGCUGCACCACAGAAGCAGUGGUAUCCCAGUCAAAUCCACUGUGCCACGAACAUCAAAAGAAAUUUUGGUACCGUGUUCCUCUGUUCCCGCGCACGGCGGCCAGCCUUCUGCUGCUGGCACACACAAUACCACAUCAGGUUCUUCAGCAAUGAGGCAUGGUGCUCCGACUGACAGUAUAUCUUCAUCCAUCCCUCCAUGCCAAAAAGUACACCCACAGCAUGCUAACGAAGAUGAUCAAGUCCAUUCAGUGGCACAUUCAUUACCUGUUCAGUGGGAAGGAAGUGUGCUGCAGAACUGCUCAGGAGAUCAGGCAGGACACCCCCACUCUAGAGCAUCACAUUCACAACCAGCACCAAUAGCCUCCAAGCGUUCUACAUCUCACUGCUGUGGAUAUGGACAUUCUCCGGCAGUGCCCUCCUUGCAUGACUACAUAUUUGGAAAAAAGAAAAGUGGGACAAAGCCUCAAGUUGCUACGAAGCCAGGGCAGCAGUUUUAUGACCAUAAUUGCGAUGCAGAAUCUCAUCAAGAUGGCACUUUACCAGCACACACAGCGGAUGCUUCACUGUUGCGGAGCAGCACGAGAGGAAGCUCAGCCAUGGGUUGGAAUUCAACAUCUGGUGAUGCAUCAACCUCCACACAAAGCCCAUACACAAGGUAUUCUAGCAGUCGUGGAGAUGCUUGCCAGAUGGAGAUCCCAGCACAGAGAAGCUUGCACGCUCAUCCUGUGGCACGACUUGGGAUGAGAACCUUCCCGGCACCGGCAGGCACACCCGCCGACGUCUCAGUACCUCCGCGAUCGCGUUCAACUAGCACGGAGGGCAGUACCUCUGGCCGUUCAGGGUCCAGCUCUCCCAACAGAAGCACUGCCUCAGUUAGGGAAGCAACUUGCCCUAGACUGCAGCCACAUCUGCGACAUAAAGAGAAGGUAGCUGUUAAACUGAGGAAGACUGAAUCCAACAUGGGAUUGGCAUACCCUAGCCAGCCUCAUCUGCCUUCUGAUAGCGAAGAAAAAGGAAAAGAAGAUGAACGGGCGAAGGAGAAGAGUCACAGGGAGAGCACUGGGGAGGAUUCCUUACAGAGCACUUUCGAUGAAGCGACAUGGAACCCAUCCAGUAGUUCAAGCCAAACGUCUUCCACAGUGAAAGCAUUUGAAUUUUCAUCUUCGACAUCAACGGGGAGUCCCCUUCCAUCAGAAAUGUCAAGAACCAGCUGUGAUGAAACGCUUGUUGCAGCACCAAAAUGUAGCCCACCUCGUGUGAAAGAGCUACUGCAUGACAUCAAAGCCUUGAGGUCUGCAGACGAUGAAAUGAUGAGGAGUACAACAAGCUGUACUUCUGAUCUCGAGAACACAAAGCCUCCCUCAGUUAUGGGUGACUUACUGUCAAUGAGCAUGACUAGCAGUGGGCUGUCUGAUAAUGUCUCCUCUAACGGCAAGAAUGGAAAAGCUCACAAAACAAGAAGAAGCCGGUUGCCUGGGAGGAUGCGACAUGCAUUCAGUGGAUCACAGGAAUCUCCAAAAUCAGGCACUGACUCUGACCUCCUUGAGUUUGUUGGGCCUCCUUCUAUUAUGGGUUCCAUCGAAAGCCUCAGCUUCCGCAGCCGAAAUGGACAUUCGGAUGAUCUAGAUCGCAUAAACCCUCCGUCAACUAUGGACGAUUUAUCAAUGAGCGGCAGCUAUGCUAGCCUCAACAGCGUCAGCAGCAACGAGGACAACUCUAGCCCGAUGGAGGGAGCGGGUGACAAGGGAAAACGUGGAGGUGACAUGUCGGAGCGCUUGAAUGCAGCAGCCAAUUUAGCUCACGUUUAUACACGGGAGCUAAAUAGCAUCAUGAAUGGAAGCGUACGAAGCAGCAGUGGAACUUCAGAGAUGCUGGAGCAUGUUCAGCCUCCUUCUGUGUACAAUGAUAUUAAUGAGGUCACCUAUGAGGACAUUACCGAGCUGGGCUCAGAUGGGUUUCUUUCGGAUAUUGACUAUGAAGAAGAUCUCCCAAAAGACGAAGAUACCCCACUGCCAUCCACUGAAACCCUUAAACUGCCUCAGAUUUCUUCUCUGAUGAGGGAGGAACAUUUUGGGGACAGUACAGAAAAUCUGGUCAGUGCAUGUGUUGAUUCGGAACCGUUUGAACCCGAUGAUGAAGCAGCUGCUCUGGAUUCUGUUAUGGAGGGACACGACCAAACAUUUGUGGUUGACGUUGGCUCGGGAAAACGCAUCGAGAAGAACGACGUAGGUUGUGUGCAGAGAGAAGUUAAUGCGAUGUUGCCUGAUAGUCUGUUGCUUAGUAACUACAACUAUAGGCUUGAAGAUGAAACAUUCUCACUUGUGUCAAAUGACUCUGACCUUGGGAAUCCAGAAGAAAUAUUGGAAAUUGUUGAACAGGUUGUGGGCGAUGUGAAACAUGAAGAGAGUAAACCUUCUUCCUCGAAGGGCCCACGUAUUGUAAAGCCACUGAACAGAGAUACGAUAAAGCAAAUGCAAGAGAAGAAAGAAGCAGAGAAAGUUGUUCAGCCACCUGGAAUUCGAGGAAGGGGCCGUCUUCCUCAGCCGUUACAAUUAAGGCGGACCAGCUCACCUAAACAGUCACAGUCCCCCCCUCCUGCUGCAACGGCUAUAAAGCACACAAAGGCAUCAGCACUGAGAGCAUCACAAAAUCAGCGAUCGUCUUCGGCAGGUCCAAAGACUCCCAAAAGUGCAUCACCCAACAGGUUCGUAUGGACUGCACCAAACUCACCAGGUGGACGGCCUUCCAACUCAAGACUCGGUGCACAGACAUCCACAGCUUCCAGCAGACUAGCCAUGUCAAACACGUGUGCAAAGCCAGCUACUAGGCCAAAGAGCCUGGAAAGUGUUGACACCAAGGUACUUGAGGGUAUAAGCACAGUUACUCCGGCCCCGUUGGUAAGGCAGGGAACUUUCACAAAAGAAUCUCCAACAGGCUCAAUCCAGGGCAUAGCCGAUAAGAUUACGGGGGACACCCCGCUUGAAACCAAGCCAAGCCAAAGCGCAGCUCGCACGUCUACUACUAAAAGUGCCGCAACCCCUUGCCUAAGGAGGGGACUCGGUAAAAGUUCUACCGCGCCAAAUGUGGGACGAAACAAUGUUGCCAUGGCGCAGAAACGGAGGACCAUACCACUGUCACCAAGCUCCCACAGCCUAGGCAAGGUCGGAGAAGAUAGGAGAGCAGUGUACGCCCGCAGUUGGAGCAGUGGAGGAAUCGGAGGCGUUCGGACUGAAAGGUCUAGCAGUGCUACAAGUUUGGCAUCUCAGUCGUGCUCUAGUGCCAGCCCUGUGCCCAGGAAACCAGCUGUGCCAAAGAAGGAUGCUGUGGCUAGUAGGAUUGCAUCGCUCUGGAGGAAAGAUACGCCGAGGAAGGAGACCAGUGUUGUCACACGUGAAGCUUCUGCUGGAGCAGGAAAAGCUGGUGCUAAGAAAGGUGGCAUAGGAAGCAGGACUGCCUUCCCUGAACAACCAGCAGCACCACCAUCCCCCCUUUGUCGAAGCUCCACUUUCGAGAAGCUGACGGACGUGGGCACUGACAGAGCUGAAACCGUCACUUCCAACGCUGGUCCAUCCAAGACUGCCUCUCAGUCAAACAACGUUGAUACCACCCCUCGUAUCUCAUCCGCACGAAAGCCAGCCGUCCGUCCAACUGGCCUGUUCAGAAAUCCUAAUGAACCAUCUUCUACGGGGCAAAGGCAUAACAGCAAGAUAGCAGGUCCUAUGGUCUCACCCUCCUUGUCGCAAAGUAGCAAGGAUGGUUGCAGGCCCACUGUGGGACUCAGGAGUCCAGGCUCUAAUAUUCCAAACUUACAAAGCCCAAGGACUCUAGCGGGAGGCAGCGACUCAAAGGGGUCAUCUCCAGCAUCAGCCAUUGUGUCACCAUUCAGCUACAAGCCGAGAACGCCAACUACACCUAGCGGCACACGAUCUCUCAUCCCCGCUCCAGUAAAAUUUGCCGCACGAUGUUCUUUGGACCAUGAGGUUCAAGUGCAAUGAAGAUGGAACUGCAUCGAUUUUAGAGCCAAAUGGAAGUCUCGGCUGAGGGGGGCAAGAAGCUUUGCAGCUGUGCCAUUGUAAGAAGUGUUUGUGAAGUGAGAAAGACCUUUCUUCUGUUUCUUCAGAGGAUCUCAAACGUUCAUAGUACGUAACGACGACUCUGCCACGGUCGGUUGCCAAAUGUCUAUGUUGUUUGGUAGGCAGCAUUGUAUAUUUGUUGUAUUUAUAUAGUAUAUGCAUUACUUUUUAUUUAUUUCAGAAAGAGUGGCUUUAUGGCAGUCUGUUCCUUUUUCUUUCUUUCUUUUUUCUUAAACGCCCAUUGUAUAUAAUAUAUAGAGCUUCCUAGAGCUGCCUUGUUGUCGUGGCCAGCUCUUUUCUUUUCGAAUUGAAGAAUGUGCUACAACAGCACAGGGACGAAGCAAGUGGAAUGCUACUUCCGUAUUUGCCAGUUUGUAUGUAUGCAAGGCAUCUCUUUCUGAAUUACGUUGGAAUGAAACACAUGUGGCGAGUAAUCUCGCAAGUGGCACACAUUAAAAUUGCUUAAGAACAUUUCCGGAGUAUCGUGAGUUAAAUCAUUGCAACCCAUAUUUUUCUUCGUGAAUACUUCGUAGCUACCAAAUUGUUCAAAUGCCCCCAUUCGCUUAAGCAACAUAACCUCCAUGGGGCUUAUGUGCAAGUCUAUGAUUUCACUUGGCUGCCCCAGUACAAUGUUAAAGUAUGGAGCAACAGCAGCAUAAAAUAUCAUACUGUGGGUUGAUUGCAGGUGUCAAUACCUGCUAACUGCCUAGUAAAAUGUUCUGUUCACCUGUUGAGGGCUUCUUGUGUGCUAUGAUCUAUGCUAGUCUUACUCCAUUCCUCCUUAUUAUUUUUUUUUUUAUAUAGUAUAUGUAUAGAAGCAUUGUGGAGGCAGUCACUUUAGAGGAUACCAAAUGUGCUAGUCACAUCUCAUGUCAGCACUCAACUGAAGCCUGAAGAGCAGUUUUACAUCCCAAGUGAGAUCCCCCCUUCAGUAUUGCUGUUAGGAUUACAUGUAUGAGAUUGGCAAAAGCAAAGUCCAGAAAGAAAGCUUACAUAACUCUUUGCAAAUGUCUGCUACUGCUGCUGUAUUUAGUAAAACACUAUACGCCCAUAAAUUUCCCAUUUUUGCUCCGGUCUUAUCUGUACAUACAACUGAUUCUGCUUUAUACUUUGACUGCAGAUCGCAGCUAUAUUUCCAAUUUUCUAUGCAUGGCACAUUUCUGUUUUAAAAAAUAUUGCAAACUUCAUUUCUUGACACAUUUUUAAUUUGGCAUACAUCAGGGUGGCGAAGGAUCGCGUAUCUUUUAAGUAUGCAUGGUAACAGUUCUGUGUACUAAAUUUGUAUUAAACAUUGUGUGGAUAAAUAAAUAACAUUCACAUGUCCUAUUUACAAAAUA